AAAUGAGAAAAAGGAAAAAAAAAAAAAAGGGUGGCAGAACUUGACAGCCACCUAACAUAUGGUCAAUGAUACGACAACUACGAGAUCUCUUUCUAUUCGCCAACGUCUUUUUGGCAUCCUUGAUCAACACUUCUACAGCACUUGGAUACAUCAUGGGAUGAUGGCGACGCCAAAUGACUUCACUCAAGACAUCCAACACCCGUCCUCCUCGUUCUACUUCUAAUCCUGCUAACUCCGGAAUUACCCAUUGUACAGCCAGAUUUAUAGAGCAGUCUAGAAGGCCCGAAACUGUCUCGUCAUUCCAAUGAUUAUCAUUUGCUGUGAUUCACUGGUUUAUAAUAGGCCUUUCUAAGGUCUUUCUUCUACCCUGAUGAUUCUGAAUAGUAUCUUCCGCAACUCGGUACGGCGACACUUCACAGGCACAAUCAUCGCCAAAUAGGUUUCCUGAACGGCCCAACCAAACUGACAAUGCGGAUCAGAACACAUUCCAAGCUUAUCAGGGAUUCCCCUUGGUUCUCACAUUGCUUGCCCCGUUCCUUUCGCUUAGUAUCUUGGGAGUAUACAACACGGUUGCUCACUUGCGUCCUUGCCAUUACCCGCAAAAUCCUUUCACGAACGUCUAAGAAUCACGUCCUGCCUCUCUGGACGGCCAAAACUCGGAAUCGCAGCCUUCCUCACCGUGGAUUGUAUGUACAUGAUGUACCCCUGCGUCAGUCCGUGUAUUCUCAGUGGAGUGAUCUCUGCUCCUGCACCAAGCCAUUUCGCCAAAAGCCGCCCUGUGGACAUAGAACAAAGCCGUCCUUAUGCUACCACUCCCUUUUCAACGAGCAGUCAUUAGGCUUUGACCAAGCGGGGUUAUGGACAUCCGGUGUGGCCGAAAAUUUCUUGUCCUCUUAUUACCUUGCGCCGCGAUUCUCUCAUACCAAACUGCCUUACAGUCUUGCUAACAUCGAGGACGAGAAUCAACAUUUCUGUCUCGGAACUUGAGUGACCAGGUGUAUUCAUUAACGCCCCUAUUUCACAACUGGUGGAUGGCAGCAUCCCUUGCCAUCCCAAUGCAAGAUUUCGCUCUUCCGUAUCCAAUCCCCAUAGCCUUUCCUCCAUGCUUUUGCUGAAGAUCAACGGACAUGUCCAUUUGAUGUUAACCGCAUUCACAUUUCGAGCCCAUGACCUAGGCUCGUAUAAAAUUGUAACCCCAUCUACAGCUUUGUCUUCCUAACGACUCUAAGUUUCAAGAUGCACCGCCCUCAAUUCGGAUAUACCCCGUCGAAUAGGCCAUACUCCUAAUAAUCCAAGUUCAGGGCGCCGCACGUAUAACGUAUACUUUGCACCAUGCCUAAUCCCGCCAGUCGUCUCCCGCUUUAUCUCCGUUGGCAGACUCAAUGGAGUUCCCAUGGUCAACCCCUCAUCCAGCACAUCUCACACGCUGAAGUUUACCACCUUCGCCCCCAUAGAUGAUCUGGACUGUAUAUUUACUGUAACUCAGGAUUGUACAAUGGAACUACAACUAUAUAUGUACCUACAUCCGCUCUGGUUCAGCGGCCUGGGAUAUACUCAUUCGCCUUCCCAUUUAUCUCGAGGUUUCCCAUUUCUCUACUACCCCUUGGCUCCUCAGUCCAGUCCUCUAAGCUCCUGUAUACCUUGCUCAUUUUACUUCCUCUUUAAUUGAAGAGCAGGCCAUUCAAUUCCUCCUGCAUUUGCUUGGACGUAAUUCCCAUUAGCGGAUCCCUUACGUUUGUUCUCAUCGUCGUUCACAAACUUGCCACCAUCCAAAUUCAAAGACAAUUGAAGGCCGGAUAUCAUCGGCCACUUCUCAACAUGUUGCCCGGUUGUGAUCCCGAGGGACUGCUACCCCCGACAUCGCUGAACGCGGACUUAGCUACGAUGGCCACUAAGUUAAUGGUGUGCCAGAACUUAACCGAAAUACUUGAGUCAUCCGCUCGUUACUGUAACGCACCUAUAGAAUUCCACCAUGCAGAUUUCACAAUCCCAUCCAAAGUUCUGACUACACGACAGCUCCGGUACCAAGCUCAUGAAAAUGCCCAACUCAUUCGUGAUGUCCACAAUGUUACGGAGGAUACCAUAGUGUUGAUCCAUUUCGAUAAUCAUGAGCAGAAUAUUAUAUGGCUCUGGUCUACUGUGAUAGGCGGCUAUCUGCCUGCAAUGUCACCGGCAUUUGUGAACGAUCUUGCUCAGCGGCGAAAACAUAUUUUGCACCUCAAUUCACUGUUCAAAGUGCCCCUUAUUCUUACGUCGGAUCGGUUAGUUCACGAGUUUCUGAAUAUCGACGGGCUUCACAUUGUCACUGUCGAACGCCUCGUAAACAAGCUACGCAGUGGCGUCAGCCGUGUUCCCAGGACAAACUUCGGCCACCAAAAGGAACCAGAGGAUGCGGCCAUCCUCAUGCUCACGUCGGGCAGCACUGGAAACGCAAAGGCAGCAGUUCUGAGGAACAAUCAGAUUAAAGCUGCUCUGGCGGGAAAGGUAGCUCAUCAUGGUACAGAAAAAGGUGAUGUUUUCCUAGGCUGGGUCGCCCUAGACCACGUUGCAUCACUUUGCCAAAUUCAUUUGCAUGCCCUUGCUCUGGGUGCCAGGCAGAUUUUCGUUGACAAAGCGGAUGUUGCAAACGACCCCCUGCGUUUCUUGAACCUCAUCCACAACCUUCGAGUCAGCGUGACUUUCGGUCCAAACUUCUUCUUGACAGCGUUGUCAAAUCUACUCGACAAAAUGCAGCCUUCUACGGCAAUAACCAGAGGCUGGGAUUUGUCAUGCUUGAAGGUGAUAUUUUCAGGAGGCGAAGCGAAUACCGUCCAGACUUGCAUCAGUGCCAUGGCACAUUUGGAAACAUUGGGUGCCAGGAAAAACGUUGUGAGCCCAGGAUUUGGGAUGACUGAAACCUGCGCAGGUUCAAUGCAUAACCUCUCCUGCCCAGAUUAUGAUAUCAAAAUGGGUUUAGAAUUUACCUCCGUGGGUCCAUGUAUUCCGGGCUUAGCUGCCAGGGUUGCUGGCGACAACGGUCUUGUCAUCAAAAGUCCCAAUGUUCCCGGUGCUCUGCAGAUCAAGGGCGAAUGUGUGCUUAAAGAAUAUUUUAACGACCCGUUUGCAACAUCUAUCAGCUUUACCAGAGACGGGUGGUUUAUUACAGGAGAUACGGCUCUCAUCGAUGAUGCUGGCUAUGUACGCCUCUGCGGUCGAACAAAGGAUCUCAUAAUAGUAAACGGGGUUAAUUACUAUCCCCACGAGCUUGAACGUGCUAUUGAAGAAGCUAAACUUCCUGGAUUGACCCCUACGUAUACAGUCGUGUUCUCUCAUCGUCCCGACGGGGCUUCUACUGAAAGGGUCGUGGUAGUGUUCUCCCCGGCUCAUGGUUAUACGAAUGCCGCAAGUCUCACAGUGUCAUUCGAUGCGAUCUCAAAGAUCACAGCCAGGCUAUUCGGGGUAAGUCCGUACCAAAUAGUACCGGUUGCCGCAACCUUAAUCCCAAAGUCGACGCUUGGAAAGAUCUCAUCGCCGAAAAUCGCGGCAGAAUAUCGCGCCGGGGGAUACGAUACUUAUUAUGCGGAGGCAGCAGAAGCCAUUAAAUUAUAUCGCCAAACCAAUCUAAGGAGGCCUGAAAGUGAAACUCAGAAGUCAAUCGCUGAUUUAUUCGCGGAGAUGUUCCACACCCCAUCUUCUGAAAUUGGAAUUGACACCAGCCUCCUAGAUAUGGGAGUUUCUUCCAUUGAACUUUUCGCCUUUAAAUCAAACGUACACAGGAUUCUCUGUCUGGAUCAGGAAAUCCCAUUGAUAUCUGUGUUAAUGGACCCUACAAUCCAUGGCAUUGCAACGGCGAUACAAGAAAUGCAGCAACCAAAACAGUAUAAUCCCGUUGUUAAGCUCCAUGCAUCUGGCGAAAAGCCGCCUCUUUGGCUUGUACAUCCCGGUGUUGGCGAGGUCUUAGUUUUCUUGAACCUCGCCAAGUAUAUCAAUGACCGCCCGCUAUAUGCACUUCGCGCUCGAGGAUUUGAAGAAGGGGAGGAGUUUUUCAAAGACCUCCCUGAAAUAUUUACAACGUACUUUCAACACAUCAAAACUACUCAGCCUCUUGGACCAUAUGCAAUCGCGGGAUAUUCUUUUGGCGCCAUGAUUGCCUUCGAAGUCGCGAAACUCCUCGAAGCCGAUGGCGAUGAGGUCAGGUUCUUAGGCUCUUUCAAUCUACCACCACAUAUCAAAGACCGCAUGCGCCAGCUCGACUGGGUGGAAGCUGGCAUCAACCUCUCGUACUUCUUAGAUCUAAUAUCAGAGGAGUAUGCCCACGAAAUAUCGCCUAAAUUACAUGAGCUCUCUAACGAUGAUGCCCUCGAUCACCUUAUGUCCCAUGCUUCCCAGGGCCGCCUAGCGGAGCUCUCUCUAACUAAAAGUAAACUGAAAACUUGGAUUACGCUUGCCCACAAGAUGCAGGAAGCCGCAUUAGAGUACGAACCUUCUGGGUCAGCGGCAAGCAUUGACGUAUUUCACGCGAUACCCCUGAAGCAAGUCGCAGUGAACGGAACCGAUUGGAUCGAGAAUAAAUUGAGCAAAUGGGCAGAUUUCUCGCGGGAGCCGCCCCGAAUGCAUCAUGUGGACGGUGCGCACUAUACAAUGAUGUCGCCAGAGCAUGUCUUUACGUUUCAAAAAACUCUUCAAAAGGCUCUGCGCGAACGUGGACUUUGAGAUAUGCUGCCGAUGCAUGAAUGACAGGGGCCAUUCCUACAGAUGGUCACUGUUAAUAAACACGAAGUCUGACAGCAUUCUUCUGCCUAUACUUUGGGACACACCGCCCCUGUCUAUGUUUAGCUUUUCUUUCUUCUCGUGAAUAUAUUUAUGUUUUUAUGUAUCUUCAGUGGUUGAUGAUUAAUCGACUAAAUCUGAUAUUUGUUUCUGGCUUCAAGCAUCUAUUCAUCCCCACCGCCCAGAUUCCCCUAUUCCUCACCAGCCAAUCUUCUCAUGUUCCUCUCCUUUUCCGUAAUUUACUCUUCUAAUGUUCAAUGCAUAUGCCUUCUUAUUGAACUUAUUAUUCACUGAGACAUCAAAUUGUUUACUGGGCAAGUGGAAGCAUUGAAAUGGCGGACAGGAGGGUCUCUCCUACAUCCCUCGGAGGCCUCGCUUUUUAAAUCUGUCAUUUAAUAUAAUUGGCUACUCUUUGAUAAUGUCGAUCCUUCACAAUCAGCCUAAUUGACUCCCAGCUCUCCCUAUUUCCUUUGUCCACGAUCCUGAGGUCAGAAUCUAAUUUUUAUUCACUUUCAUUCAUCUUUUACUCUAAUGGGUAACUUAACAUACUUGUUAACAAGCCAGAUAGCUACUCAAAUCACAUUCACAACGACUAUCAGCAAAUAGCCAGAAUGCAUGAAGAUAUCAUACCGAAGUAAGAAUAAAUUCUUAAUUUAGCAAAGGGAAUCUCGCGACAUUCAACAGGAAAAGGAGAUAAUGGUCGCCAAUGCCAAAUAAGGUCCAGGAGAAUAUAUUUCUUCCUUUAGUUAGAAUGCUAUAUCACCAAUGUCUCACAGUAACCAACACUUUUUCCUUCGAAGGAACAUUCUCUCCGCUCUCAAGCUGCGGUGUGCUACGAUCCAAUCUAUGGAGCAAGCGCCAAACAACCUUCUGAUUCAAGCCCUCGCGC